CCGGACCGAUGCUGCUCUUGCACACGGUGGACGGCUCGCGCGUCCGCCGCUCUCCCGCUCUCCCUCGCCGACAGAAUGCUCCUCCGCCUCGAGCCAUCGCGUGCUGCAGGGCUGCCAGAUGGCAAACUCCUUCUCGACGGCACUACGGCUCAUCACUUCGGUGCCCGAGCCGGUGCAGAAACCGGGCCGGAAGCAGGAACACCACUACGACGUGCUCUACUCGCGUGAAGACUGUCACGCGAGGUACGAAACGACUAGGGAGUACUCCCCCGCCCCGGCGUUCUACCUCCCUGUUUGCAGUAUGCUGCCCUCGAGAGGCGGCCCGGAGCCGCAACACGAACUCGCCGACCACCCGCCGGCACUCACCGAGACGCUGGAGUCGUUUUGGAGCUUCGCGGUCGCCGCCGACCUCACGCGAUGGCCCGCUAGCUCCGCCGCCACGUGAGAGAGAGAAGAGUCGCGGAUAGAGGCGAACAAGCGCCGAGUUGCUCGGGACGGGAGCGGGGUCCGGGGAGGGCUGCCCGCGGGGGAGAAAUCAGAAAAAAGGAUCGAGGAGCCGCAGAGCGGAAGCGAAAAUGCGACGGACCAAGGAAGCGAGAGCCUUCGUGCUUCGAGAGGUCGACGGAGAAGUGUGGGUCGCGUGUUGUGCUGCCAUGCGGGACUGUUACUUUUGAUUGUGCGAGAGCCACAAGUAUGGCUCUUUACGUGUA